AUGUGGAUUCGGAGCUUUUUAAUCGGACGCUCUCAAGCCGUCCACGUCGGUGACCAACAAUCUGCCGAGGUUGCCGUUAAGAGUGGUGUUCCACAAGGCUCUGUUCUUGGCCAUACAUUGUUCCUCGCAUACGUCAAUGACUGCGCAAACGAACUGAAUUGCGAUGUCGCAAUGUUUGCCGAUGACAUAAAGAUCUGGAGUACCAUACGAAGCGAAGUUGACGAGGCGCGACUGCAAACAAACCAAGACCACCUCGAGCAAUGGUCAAAAGACUGGCUUCUAACGUUCAACGUAAACAAGUGUACUUUCCUACGCGUCGGCAGAACCAGUUCUCCUAAUCACACGGUCUACCGUCUGACUGGCAAACCACUGCAAGAAGUCGACGCCCAUAAGGACUUGGGUGUAUUGAUCACAACCUCGCUUAAGCCUUCGCUGCAAUGUUCAAAGGUGGCCAAGUCGGCGAUGUCCAUGCUAUACCUUGUCAAACGGGCGUUCUCCUCCUUUGAUGAGCACUGCUUCACCAAGGUCUUUCAAACUUUUGUGCGACCGCAUCUGGAGUUUGUUAUCCAAGCAUGGCGACCCUGGACAGCUAAAGACUUGGGCAUACUCGAAAAAGUUCAACGGCGAGCAACGAAACUUAAAUCUGGGCAGUGGUCACUACCCUACGAAACGCGAUUAGCUAAUCUUGACCUCUUUCCUUUGAGUUACAGACAGCUACGUGGGGACCUGAUACAAGCUUUCCGCAUCGUGCGCAAUCAGGGCUGCUGCCUCGCGUUUCCAGACUGCUUCGAGUUGGCGACUACGACUAACCUGAGAGGCCAUCCACUCAAACUGCGCGUGGCUGGUGCCCGGCUAGACACCAGAAAGUUCUUCUUCUCCAACAGAGUGGUUGCAGCUUGGAAUGCCUUGCCUGAGGAUGUUGUUAUGUCAGGCUCGGUAGAUACUUUUAAAUGGAGACUAGAUUAG